AUGCUUUCAUAUCGAUUAGAUGAUAUAUCAAAGGGUUUUGCAAAUGUGAGCAAGAAUACUAGCAGCAACACAUACACAUUUGACUAUCCAUGUGAAUCAUAUUCAGACUGCACAGACUACGUUAUCAGUUUUCCUCCUGGAGUAUAUAAGUUUGAACUUUAUGGAGCGUCUGGGGGAUCAUUCCCAGGGAUGGUAUCAUCAUAUCAAUAUUCAGACGGAACAUGUACUAAAUCAGAAAUUGUUUCCGCAUAUCAUGGAAACACGCAUUGCAUUGCAAAUGGCAGUCGAGGUGGUGCUGGCGGCUACAUCUCAGGCAUUAUCAGCCUAUCUCACAGACUGACCUCAUACGCGACGAUCGGCGGACGAGGAAAUUACUCUUAUACCCAAAAAUAUUGCGAUGUAGAAUCAGAUUUUUAUCUUGAUAACAUGAUCAAAGGUGGUUAUGGGGGUGGUGGAUAUGCAUCAAAUUGCUAUUAUUCAGAAAGAAUAAGUCGUGCAGGGAGUGGUGGUGGCCAAACCGCUGUCAAAUUCCAUAAAAACGAUCUCUGGCAUCGAGUAAUCGUAGCCGGUGCCGGAGGCGGUUCUGAUAAUUACCAUGUUGAUCGAAUAAACCAAGGAGAAGAUGAUGGAUCUGGGGGUCCUGGAGGUGGCUCUGUCGCCCAAGGAUAUUGGUAUAGUCAUCAAUAUACUGAUGAAAGAAUGGCCAGUGCUGUAUCCGGCUUCACCUUUGGAUCUGGAGAAUCCGCGCAAAGAGAUAAAUCCAAAAAUCCAAACGGAGUUACAGUAUCGCGUGGGUCUGAUGACAGACCUGGCUCUGGUGCAGGAUGGUUUGGUGGAUUUGCAGGUCACGAUGGGAACGGCGGUGCUGGUGGUGGAAGUUCAUUUGUCUUGACUAAUGAAAAUAUUGAAGAAUUAAGUCAAAAAACUUUCACGGCGCAUGAUACAUUCUAUAAUAAUCCUAUAACAGCCGAAUAUGGCUUCACAGCAAAAGAUGGUUAUAAAUUUAGUGAAGUUAAAACAGUUCCAGGCAUCUGGGAUGAAAAUGGUCGUCUUAUUGUCACUGUUUUAGACUUCAUUUCCUUACCAUCAUGCAAUAUGAUCUGUUUUGUUCGCAUUCACGACUUUCUAUUUUUCUUUUUAUUUUUAGAUCCCAAAUAA